CCAAGAUUUUCGAUACCGUGUAGAUAUUUUCUAGAUCCGAUUCAAACAAAUCUCGUGGUGGGUACACUAGAUAUAAAUACUCGUGAUAUAUUUUCCUACAGGAUGGAUUAAAUCAAAACCCUUAAUCAAAACCCUCUCUCUGGAAAAGUAAAAGCUUAACACAAUGAGCUCAGAAACAUUCGAAGAGAGAAUGAAAUUAAUGUGUCCCAAUAUGACACCAGAAGAGAUAGCACAACAGAAAAAGGUGGUGGAUUCAUGCAUCGGCUUCCUUCUUGUUGUCAUAUGUUUCCUCAUAUUAUACUCUUUCGUUUCAUCUGCAUCAACACCCAACCAUAACCUUCUCGAGAUCAAAAUAGUUUCUAUGGAUUUCACGGCCGAGCCUAAUAAUAAUAACAAGAAUAGCACACAACAAAGUCAUUAUCUUCCUCUAGUUAGUGCUAGAUGGGAUUUAUUGAUAAGAGUCCCGGGAGAACUUGUUGGUAAUGAUAUAUGUCUUCAAGGAAACAUCCAAGCUUCUUUCCUUUACAAGAAUGUCACUCUUGUUACUUCCUCUCUCCACAGUUACAACGAACUCGAACUAGGAGCGCCUCAGCUUCUUACCGUUUCUGCGGUUGCUACUAGAGAAGAUUUGAGCGGCGCGAUUGGGAAAGAGAUUAUGGAGGCUAUCAAAGAGAGGAAUGAAGUGCAGUUUGGAUCGCAGUUGUUUCUAACAGAUUGUAGAGAGGAGACAAAGAAAGGAACGGUGAGCUAUGAAUGCGAUGAAGCUAAGUUGCGGUUUGAUCAUCUAGGCUCUGAUCAGAUUAGGGCCACUGCGUAUGGAGACCACCCUACCUGCAUCAUUAAAGAAUAAGAAGUUUGUAUCAAGCACCCGAUUGCGUUUGGGGACCACCGUACUUUGUUAGUCCUUUAUCUUUAAUUAUGUGUUAUCGGUGUUGGGUUUUAGUUACUAGAAAAGUUUGCUGGCAAAAAAAUCAUUUAAUAAAAUCAUAAGUUUUAUUCUUUUGUUUAAUACAUUAUACACAUCAUAGGUGAUGAUUGGUUCGACUGUGGCUUUAAAAAUUUAGCUGUAGAUGUUUAGCUGUAAAUAAAUCGGUUGUAGCUGUAAAGUUAUUAAUGUAGAUUUUUUUUGCAGAAACUUUUGCUGUAGUUAAAUUUGUUGUAGCUGUAAGCUAUAGGCUGUAGAUAUUUUAAAAUAAAAUAUAUGAAAUAUGUGUUGUAUAUAUAAAAUUAUUAUUUUAUAUCAAUUAAAAUAAUUUAUAUUAAUAUUUUUAAAAAUUAUCAAAAUUUAUUGUAAUUUAAAAUGUGAUAUGUAAAUAAUAUUUCUAUUAUUUAAAUAUCUUAAUAAUUUUAAAACACUCAAAUUCAAAAUUAAAAUAUUUAUAAAAGUUUUUAUUAUGAUUAUAUAAUUUAUUUGAUAUUAUAGAUAUUUUUUUUUCAUUUACAGAUUCUACAACCUAUAAAAAGAAGAUGUAGGGUUUUUGCCUAAAAUACAUAAAAAAAAGUUUUGCUUUAUUUUUUUUGCUGUAGCUUUAAAAGUAAAGCUAAAGCAUGAUUGGUAAAACUAAAUAAAAACUUGAUGUAGACUUUAAUUUUUAAAAGUAAAGCUACAACAUGAUUGGUAAAAUUUAGUGGUUUAAAAAUAAAUAAAAGUAAAGUAGGGAGAUAAAGCCCAACCAAUCACCCCCAUAGUUGAUUCAUUAUUAUAAAUCUAACUUUUCCCAUUACAUCUUCUAAAAUUAAAUACUCUUUAAAUUUUUUGACUUGUCUCUACGAGAAGAUAUACACAAAUUAAUAAAAUAUCUAAAUAGUAUUUACUGUAAGAUUUGGAUCUUUUGGCUUUGUGUAAUGGGAUGUAUCAAUAAAACUCGUGGUUAAUUGAGUAUUUUUUCCUGUGCAAAAAAAAAAACAAAUCUAUUUUAAUUGAGUACUAGAUUUUGUCAAUAAAAUUAUUAACAUGUUUGUUAGUUCAUAAUAGAAAUAAAAAAUUUAUUUGUUCAACCCGUUUCUACUUGAUAAAUAUUUUGUAUAUUCGAUGGAAUAAACCGAAACCAGAAAUUGUAAAAAUGUCUAAUUAUUAAUCAUAGGUUUUCUUAGAAAUAUUGGUUUUCGGGUACAAUGCUAUAACCUAUUCCAAUACGAAUGUUUCUGACUAUAUAGAAGAAUCUUUUUUCCCUUCAAUAUAGAUGCUGAACAAAUAGCAGCGUCUCUUUAACGAGACAAAACUUGUGUCCAAAAAUAUCACAAAACCCACGACAAGAAGCCACUAGAGAAGACCUCGAUGACCUUAGCUAGUCUAUGUAUGUUCAAGAAAAAGAUGUUAGUUUAAAAAAGCACGAUUGGGUGUCGGAAGUUAGAAACAGGGACAUAUCAUUGAUACCAACACAUUUCUGCGAUCUCUUCGUAAUACAAAGAACUUUGAAAACUGAAGUAAGUAAUUUCUUCUUUAAACCCAGGACAUAUGGGCCUACAUAAUAGCACCAACGAGGCAACGAUACAAUACUCAGAAAUUGCUUACUUAAUUUUUUUAAUUCAUCUUUUUAAUAUAAUUAUUUAACGGUUUUUUACCAACGAAUCAUGCUUUAUAUUUGCAUAUAUUUAUUUGUUUAUUGUGAUCAAACUAAAACUGUACUAUCACGUAGCUGUCAUGUAAAUCUUGAGAAAGCUACAUAGUUGGUCUUACAAAGCGUUACCAUGCAUGUUCUUUGUUUUUUUUUUACGAACCAUGCAUGUUCUUUUUCGUUUGAUUAUUCACAAAACGUUCUUUUUUUUGUUAGAUUUUUUUUUUUUUUUUUUUCUAUCUAUUUGAUUUUAUUGAUGGGCCAAGCCCAGAAAAUCCGAUACAAAAGAGCAUAAAGCCCGACAAAAGCAAACAACUAAAGCCCGACAAAAACGAGACGAAACAAGUCCAAAGCCCAAGCCCAUCAACUGAACGGUGCCACUACUGUACACGCGUCCAGCCAAACUCUAACCCACCCACGUGUUGAGACCCCCCGUCUCACGGAGACACGCGUCAGCCGAUCACCACAUCAGUGCUCCAAACGCCAAGGUAAGCCGGAGAAGAUGAAGAGCGGCCAGUAGUUUCGUCGGAACACACCUGAUCAAAACACCGUACCCAUCUUCAUCACCGAACAAUUUCAAAGGAGAGAUCGAUCGAGGACAAUCCCGAGAUCCUCAUCCAAAGCCACCAUGGAACACCCUUGACGAUUUAACACCACACAAACCGAUGAAAUUCACC